GUGAGGUGACGUCAAUGUGGCAGUGCAGAGUCAGGUGAUGUACAGUAUAAGCAGAGGGAGCUGUUCUAGUGCUGAAAACAGUCCACAAACUCACCGCAAAACGACAAGGAAGAUCAUGCUUUGGGUUCGCUCUGCUAUCUAAGUCACACAGGAAAGAUUUCAAACAUGGCAGAUACUAAACCCUGCUGGCUUGGAGCAGCCUCCUCUCUCACCUUUUUCUUUGUCCUAAUCUGUUGUGUUGAUGCAGCAUCAAUCGAACCUUAUCAGCUGCUUCAGAAAAACCCAGACUAUUUAGGGAAAAAUUUACAAAGGCUCCCAAGCCCAGAUAUGAUCAAAGCCUUGGAAUAUAUAGAAAAUCUCCGCAAACAAGCUAACAAGGGAGAAAAUGGCCAAGAUUACAGUUUCUAUCAAGGUGCCCCAUUUCUUCUGCAGCAGAAAGAAAGCAAAGAUCAGAGUCAUCUAUCAGAUAAUAGAAGAGAUUCUUUGACUGAAGAUGAGUCACAAUGGGUUAGGUCAAUGUUGGAAGCCUUGAGGCAAACAGAAAAAGAGUCAAAGGCUGGAUCAAAAGAAAAUAAACCAUAUAGUAUGAGUUCAGAUAACUUCCCAGCUGGAGUGAGUGAUGAUUAUGAGGCUUAUAAGUGGCCUGAGAGACGACACAAACAUGACAAAAUGCCACAUGUACAUGAUGAAGAAAGUUCAAGAGACAGUCCUUUCAAGCGCACCAAUGAAAUAGUAGAAGAACAAUAUACACCCCAAAGCCUUGCUACUUUGGAGUCUGUCUUUCAGGAGCUGGGGAAAAUGACAGGACCAAGUAAUCACAAAAAAGAGAGGCUGGAUGAAGAUCAGAAAUUGUACACAGAAGAUGAAGAUGAUGUAUAUAAAGUUAAUAAUAUUGCUUAUGAAGAUGUAGUGGGAGGAGAAGACUGGAAUCCAAUAGAGGAAAAAGUGGAAAGCCAAACACAAGAAGAGAUAAAAGAUCAUAAAGAGGAAAUUGAUAAAAAUGAAGAAGAAAUUGAUGAUGAAAUGAAGAGAUCAGGGAAGCAAGCCUUCCUGGAAGAUGAAAUGAGGAGAGACAGUAAAGAUCAAAUGUCAGAUGACAUUACAAAGCUAAUGAAUUAUUAUCUGAAGAGGCUGAUGAGCAAUAUUGGAAAUGGCAGGGUAAGGACUGGACAUGAAGAAAAAAGGGCAGGUAUAUUUUUGGAAAAACUUGAUCCUCAGUCUAUCUCUCAACUAAUAGAAAUCUCAAGGAAUUUACAAAUCCCUCCAGAGGAUUUACUAGACAUGUUGAAAACUGGAGAAAAGCAGCAGCAGAGUGAAAGGGUGGAGACGGAGCAAGAACCAGAGCUCCCAGAAGAUCUUGAGGAUGACAUCUCUGAAACCAAUCUAGACCACACAGAUAUAUUUAAAAAUAAAAUGAACCCUAAAAAUGGUUACAUGAGGCAGCCAAUUAAUGUUAUGCCAGAUAAUCUACCUGAAGACCUCAAUAUUGAAGAUAUUGUCAAUCUUUUAGGGACUGAUAAUUUAGCUAAUCAGAAAACCUCCUACUUUGUAAAUCAGCUUAAUGAAGAGAACAGUUUUCCAAGAUUUUCUUACAUUCCCAGAAGACCUAAAGGACAUCAACUUCCUAAAGCUGCUUGGAUUAAUGAUUUGGAAAGACGACAAAUGGAAUAUGAAAAACUAAAUGAAAAAGAUGAAGAACUAGCAGAUUACUUGGCAAAGAUGUUGGCAAAAUACCCUGAAGUUAUCGAUACAAACCAGCUGAAACGCGUUCCAGUCCCAGUUUCAUCUGAAAAUGAUCUACAGGAAGAUGACCAGUUUGAGCAAGCAAUCAAAGAACAUCUAAAUCAGCUGGGACCACAAGAAUCUGAUAAACUAGCCUCACUCAGCAAAAGGCUGUCCAUGGCCCGGGAGAAUGACGACACACAAAACAGGCAGUAUCUGGAUGAAGAUAUGUUAGUGAAGGUGCUGGAGUACCUAAACCAGGAUCAAUCAGACAAAGGAAGAAAUCACAUUAAUAAAAGGGCAAUGGAAAAUAUGUAAUUGUUACCCACAUAUAAUUUUUCUGCAAUGUUUUGAUUUUUACCCCAAUUCAUUUGUGAUUUUUCCCCCCUAAACAACUUGCAGUUACCGUUGAACAGUCUGCAUAACUUUCUCAGAGCUGUUAUUGUUUAUGGAUAUACAUAUAUGUUAUAAAUCUUGGAUCAAGUAACAAAUUGGUUCAAUUGUUUUAAGGAGCAGGGUUAUGAAUUUAAGUAAAAUCGUAAUAUGUAAACAAAUGACCAUUGCAUUGUUGAUACAACAUGAUAAAUGAACAGUGCUAUCAUAUUUGAAGUUUUUUAAAUUAAUUCAAUUAUUUUAUUACUGUCUGUAGUGUUUUUUUGUGGAGUACUGAAUAAAAAUACAGCAUAUAUAUAGUUUUAUUUAUAAGGCUUUUUCUAUUCUUUGUUUUAUUGUUGAUGAAUAAAUAUUAUUUCUGGA